AUGGGGGAGCCAAACCCUAGAGCCAAAGCCAACAACGAGCCAGGAAAGUCGGCAACAACACCUGAGAUACCUCCACCACCGGCCUCCCGUCCUCAGGUAUCUCUCGUCCAACCGUCCAAGAAGAAGAAACAGAAGUCAAGCAAGGUCAGUCGUGUCUUCCGUUCGGUCUUCCGCUCUUUCCCAAUUUUGCCAGUCUGCAAGUUCCCCACCCUCUCCGGUAGCUUACCGGACAGCAACCGUAUGUCCAGUGGCGCUCGCAUCACGGGCACACUCUUCGGAUACCGUAAAGGCCGAGUAAGCUUCUCCAUGCAGGAGAACCCAAGGUGCCUACCCACGUUGGUGGUGGAGCUAGCCAUGCAAACUACUGCAUUACAAAGAGAGAUGAGCUCCGGAAUGGUGAGAAUUGCUCUCGAGUGCGAGAAGAGAACGGAGAAGGAUAAGAUUAUGCUUCUAGAUGAGCCCUUAUGGGCCAUGUACUGCAACGGCAAGAAGAGCGGGUAUGGGGCAAAGAGAGACGCAACAGAUGAGGAUCUAAAUGUGAUGGAGCUCCUUAAGGCUGUGUCAAUGGGUGCUGGUGUUUUACCAGGGAACUCGGAGGUUGAGGGUCCUGAUGGAGAAUUGGCUUACAUGAGAGCCCAUUUCGAACGUGUUGUGGGAUCUAAAGACUCUGAGACCCUUUACAUGUUGAGCCCUCAAGGGGAUAAUAGUCCUGAACUCAGCAUUUUCUUUGUAAGGAUAUAAGAGAUUGGAGAAGUACAUGUGCGGAAGAGUUGAUAGAUCCAUGUUGCAUCUUGGGGUUACCUAGCAGUGGACCA